AUGAACUCUAUAAAGACUUUAUUCAUCCUUAAUAAAAAAGGAAAUAUAAUUUUUGAACACCAUUGGUAUGGGCAUACUUCAAAAAAUAUUGUCGCUUUAUUUAUAUCAGAAUAUAAGAAAAAUAUAUUUCAUGAAAAUUCACAUAUACCUAUUAUAUCAUGUAAAGAUGGCAUCUUAAUUCAUAUAGAAUACAACAAUAUUAUUCUUUUGUGUGUAAUAGCAUCAGAAAUAGAUCCAUUAUAUGUUAUUGAGUUCUUAUAUCGUAUUGUAGAUAUUCUUGAGGAAUAUCUAGGACAAGAUGCUACAAAAAAAUUAGUUUUAGAAAAAAAUUUCGAGAUCAUUAUUCAAUUAUUGAACGAGAUGAUGGACUAUGGAUAUCCAAUGAUAACUGAACCUAAUGCCUUGAAAGAUAUCAUUCCUCCUCCUGAUACAGUAAACAAAAUAUUAAACAUAGCUGGACUGAAGAGAUCUUGUAUACCAUCAGGUAUUCUAUCCCCAAUUAUAUGGAGAAAAGCAAAUGUAAAACAUUCAAGAGAUGAUUUCUUCAUAGAUAUAAUUGAAGAGCUCAAGGCAAUAAUUAAUAAACAUGGAAAAUUUAUAACUUUAUUUUCAAAAGGAAAAAUUAUAUGUCUUUCCAAUAUUUCAGGUGUUCCUAAUAUAAUUUUAAAUAUGAAAUCUAAAUAUCAUCUUUUUUAUUCAUCAUUUCAUCCUUGUUUAUAUUCAUCACAUCAAACACCAUCAUUAGAACAAUUAUCUUUCAUACCGCCUGAUGGAAAAUUUACCUUAAUGACUUAUGGAAUUGAGCUUUCUGAUAUGCUUCCUUCAUCUUUACCAAUUUCUAUUGAAAUAAAAUCUGGUCCAAAUGUUGGAGAUUUCGAAAUAAAAUUAAAUAUUUUUAAUCACCUUAUCAACAAUAUCACUAUUGCUAUUCCAAUAUCAGAAUCAUGUCAGUUAAAAUAUUCAAAAUCUACACAUGGAAAUAUUAUAUUUGAAUCUAAACAUGAAAAAAAAAAGAUUAUAUGGAAAUUAAACAAGACUGAAACUUGUUCUUUUGCUUCUAUGAAAUUUACCCUUGAUAAAAUGAAAAUUCCUCCUAAUUAUCUUAUAACAAAAUUUACAUGUACUGGAUGGAUUAUUAGCAAUAUCAAAGUAGAAAGUCUUAAAAUAAUAAGCAAUCCAGAUGCCAAGUAUUAUAAAGGCAUUAGAUAUACAACUGUAGCAAAUGAAAUAGUAGUAAGAUUUUGA